AUGUCUUGUCCUUGUUCAGCUUCUAGCGUUCCCAAUAUUCCUCGGCCUGGAGCUUGGCUACCAAGUAACCCUCACAGACUGUGGGACUGGAUCAAUAAAAAAGUCGAAUCGCUGGAACCCAAACCUACUCAGCGUCUUCUGCAAUCUGUUAAAGACUUCAAGAUACACGUUCAGAAUGACCCUACUCUCUACAUGCUUUUCACUGAAAUGCUCGAUGAGGUCCCAGCUAAAUAUGUAAAGGACCCGUCAGGGAAGCGACCCGAGGUCAGAGAUCUAGAUACAUUAUUCACAUUCUUUGACGAGAUAUUACGACAACCACCGUCCUGGGAUCCCUCUCCACAGAUUGGGACUCCCGUCAACGCUGUUCUCGAUUGGCCUAUGGGCACAAAAGCUGGGUUUGCCGCUUUCCUUCGAGAUGAUGUGAACGCUCAUUUUAAGAGCAUGUUACAAUCCUGGGGUGACUUCUUGAGUACAGAAUACUCUUGCUCAACCCUCACCACGGAUACGGGUGGCUGGUUCUCUGUAGAGGCACUGGAAAGUGAUCACAUGAAAGAUUUUGCGAAGACUUUCCGUUGUGAUCCUAAGCUGAAGCAUUGGGGCUUUAAGUCAUGGGAUGCGUUUUUCACUCGUGACUUCAAUGAAAUUGAUUCGAUUCGUGCAGUAGCUGAAGCAGGAAAUACUGGCGUCAUUGUCAGUGCCGCUGAAUCAACGCCAUUUGCCGUGCAGACUGGGGUUCAGGCACAUGACAAGUUCUGGAUAAAGGGCCAGCCAUACUCCUUGAAGCAUAUGCUUGACCACGACUCUCGUGCAGGUCUUCUGACUGGAGGAACAGUCUACCAAGCAUUCCUGAGCGCCGACAGCUACCACAAGUGGCAUACUCCUGUUAGCGGAACCAUUCUGGAUUAUCGAAUGAUUGACGGAACCUACUAUUCGGAACCGUUGUCGACAGGAUUCAGUCCUGACUUGGGAGAUCCCGAUCCAGACCCUGGCGCUGACUCCGCUUCUCAGGGGUACAUAUCAUCCGUUGCAGCUCGUGCGGUUAUUUGGAUCCAAGCUGACGGCCCAGCUGGACUUAUAUGCCUGGUGUUUAUUGGUAUGGCAGAAGUAUCCUCUAUUGAAGUCACUAUGCCCGUGGGUAAGCACUUUGAGAAGGGUGAAGAGCUUGGCAAGUUCCAUUUUGGGGGAUCUUCGUUUUGCAUGAUCCUUCGGCCUGAGCUGGAUGUGCAAUUCUCGCUUCCAGACGACUGGAAGGAUCGGCCUAAAAAUAUGAAGCAAGUGAAAGUCAGAAGUAAGCUUGCUACUGUGAAAUUCGUCAUUUCUACCUAG